CCAGACGCACACACCUUGGUCAGGCAGACAUAGCCCCCGGCCAAGUUUUUUCUCUCUCUCUUGGUUAUGUAGAGAUGAAGGAUCACGCCAGUGCUGUCAUAGGACAGUACCCACUGGUGCAGCAGCAGGGUUUGAGAGUGGCAGGUGUCGUUUCAAAAGCCCGGAGUCUCCAAACGCGUGACCAGCUGUCUUGCGUGAGAAAAUGCCGCCAACGCAGUUCAGUGCACUUAAACGACGAAGCCUGUUUCACAUGCUAUUUUUUCGUUUAGUGAGUCUUCUGGCUCUAACUGACAAAUAAGUCGAGUAGAGAAAGCGGCGCAUUUCGGUCGUGUUGGCUAUAGUGUGAAGUGGACCACUUCCUGGAACGCACAAAGAAAUACUCGCCCUCGACGGUAGCACACUGCAGUGUACAGAUAAGGAGCAUUCAAGAAGGAGGUCAGAGGUCAUUCUGCUGCAAUGGAGAGCGACCAAUCAAGAGGGCUCUUGAAGCUGGCUCUUAUUCUGGCCCUACUUGGACAGGGAGCCAGUCAAAUGAUGAGCGAUUUUGAGAUGUGUGGGAAAUGGAUCCACGGAACAUCCGGAAAUCUCUGGUUCGACGUGAGCAAGGGGUGUGGCAACAUCACCGUGGCGGCCAAUGAGACCACUCUGUCCAUCCAGGGGAGGAUCAUGGGAACAUGCGAGAAUUCCUCUACGAUCCCAGUGACUUUGGGAAAAGGGGAAAGCCCGUUCUGUGUGUACUGGGAGCCCCUCCUGGACCUCCUGCAGGUGGAGGUCAGAGGGGAGAACCACACCCUGUGCAAGACCUCGGCUCUCCAGCAGUCCUGCUGCUCCUCCCUGUCCCGAGAGGACAAUGCCAAAGCCUCUGGAACCUUCGGAAUUUCGAACGGGAGCAUAAAAGGCGAUGUCAUGGAGGAACGACUUCAGGAAUCCUACACAUUCUUUGGAAACCCGGAGGACUGCUAUAAAGACUUGUGCGCUGAACAUCAUGCACAAUUAAUCGAACAGUUGGCCCUCAGGUCAGGUGUGAUUGGACAGGUGGACCUGCCGUGCGCUCACGUUUCCACCAAGAAACUGGAGGAGGGGUUUCAGGGCCUCAAAGUCGAUAUUCAGGCCCCUGAAAAGAAGCCCCUAGGAAAUGAGCCACCGCCGGUCUCUGUUUGGCUGCCCCCCUCUCUGGUGCCCAGUGAGGAGGGAGGAGCCACCGUGGUGUUUACAUACUACGCGGAAAACACGCUGUUCCAGGGCCCUGAGGACAGGAUACUGGACGGGGUGGUGGGCAUCUCCGUGGAGAACAGAGUCAUCGCCAACCUCCCCGAUCCCGUCAAGAUCGUCUUCCAUCACGGGCCGGUGGCGAAAAAUGAAUCGACCAAAUGUGUGUUCUGGGACACAAAGAAAGACCCUACCAAUGUAACCUGGAGAGACGAAGGGUGCAACACGAUCAGGAGACAGGAGGAAACAGAGUGCCGCUGUGACCACCUGACCUACUUCGCCAUCCUGGUGGAGCUGAACCCCGGCUCGCCGGUGGACGACCUGGAGGCCCUGACGUACAUCACGUCCGUGUGCUGCGCCAUCUCCCUGUGCAGCUGCGUGGCCCUCAUCAUCCUGCACACCAAAGAGCUGAGGUACAGCCUCAGCGAGGGAACGAAAAAACCAUCGAUCGGCAUUCACCGCAACCUGGCGGUGGCGCUGCUCCUGCUCUGCACCCUGUUCAUGCUGACGGGCGUGCUGGUGAACGUGGCGAGCGAGGGCGUGUGCCGGGUGGUGGGCGCUGCCCUCCACUACGCCCUGCUCUGCUCCUUCGCCUGGAUGGCCAUCGAGGUCUUCGCCGCCUUCUGGCUGAUCCGCCAAGUGAUGGACACCUUCCCCCGUCUCCGCGUCCUCAACGCCCUGGGCUUCGGUCUCCCAGCUCUGCUCGUCGUCGUGUUUGUGUGCAUAAACGAUGUGUACGGGACUCGAGCCAUCACACCCAGCGAUGACAUCAGCAGCCCCUACAAAAUGUGUUGGAUCAAGGACACCUGGAGGGGCACCCUAAUCCACUUCAUCACCAAUGUGAGCUUCUCAGUGGCGGUUGUGUUCGCGGGCCUGGUGAUGCUGAGCCUGGUCCUGCAGAUGCUCCUCACGCGGAAGGAGUGGAAGAAGUGGAUCACCUUCCUCAGCAUCUGGGGCCUCAGCUGCCUGUUCGGCUGCACCUGGGGCCUGGGGCUCCUGCUGCUCGGCCCCCCGUCCCGGGUCGCCACCUUCCUCUUCUGCAUCAUCAACUCCCUGCAGGGUUUCCUCCUCUUGGUGCGGUACGUCCUGCUGGAGUGGAUAAAGAAGCGGGAAUCUGCGAGGAGGAGCAUCAGUACGGCAUCCACUGGGGUGCCCAUACUACCACAGGGAUCUAAAACUCAGGACCAAGGUCCGAACUGAAAAUCAAUCCGGACCGGACCCUGUGUCACAUUAGAUGUAAAUUAAUAGGGAUAUAUUUUAUUGUGUCUGGCGCGUUGUGCGAUUGAACGUGCAUAGCCUAUAUGUUUACUUGUGUGCGCACAUGACACGCAUUGCAGACCCCAAGUUAACCAUCCAACCGACUUUCACUUUCAUGGAGCCACUUGUGUGUGCUGUGCGCCCAUCGUCAGUUUCUGUGGAUACGUGCACUCUGGUCCCAAUGUCAAAAAGUCGAAAAUGCACCCAAUGCGAUUUCUGAUUUCUGCGCACUGGUGUGAUCAACUCACUGCCUGAAUCAGUCGGUACCCCACCACCAUGCGACAUUCUAUCAAAACGAAAUACGUCAAAACGUAAAUAUAAAGACCGUAUUCAGCCAAGGGCUUGGCUGAAUACUCGAUUCUGAUUGGUUCAAGGGUGGACAUUAUUUCUCAGUAAAGAGACGCCUCGGCCUUUUAACAGUUCUAAAAUGUACUACAAAAUCCAGCAUUCUAAAGCAGUUUAAACAGCAACAUUAUUCUUUCGCUUUUGACUUGGUAUUAUAUCCCCUCCCCUUUUCAAUGUCCAAUUUCACAACUGACUACAACGCUGAAUCACAUUUCUAGUUACUGUUGCUAGCUUUAUUUACGGUUGCCAACCAUCCCGCAAAUCGGAACUGUCCCGUCAUCGGACAGUAGAAUAGGCGUUCCGCAUUUAACUCAUGGCUACGGGACGCAUUUUCAUCCACGUUUGUGUGAACGAUUGCGUUUAUACUAGUAACUGCUGUUCUGAAUACAGUUCAGUAGUUAGCUAGCUAGCUAGCCGGGAUAACAAUCAUGCCGUGAGACCAUUCUGACCUAAAACCAAGAAUUUUAAUAUUGGCUAGGUGACAAGUGACAGCGUGGCUAGCUGGCAUUCAAAACCCGUUUCAGAGGGUUUCCCGUUGCUGUUCUGAAUACAAUUCAAUAGUUAGCUAGCUAGCUAGCCGGGAUAACAAGCAUGCCGUGAGACCAUUCUGACCUAAAACCAAGAAUUUUAAUAUUGGCUAGGUGACCAGUGAUAGCGUGGCUAGCUGGCAUUCAAAACCCGUUUCAGAGGGUUUCCCAAAGAAGGUGGCCAUUCAUGUGCUCGCCAUGUUCGGUUCCACAUAUCGUUGUGAGUCUGGAUUUUCCACGAUGGACAUUGUGAAAAACUCAUACCGCAGCAGUUUGACGAAUGGACGCGAACCCACCCCCCCCCCCCCAAUAAAAUCUGAAUUUUGUAUUUUCGUUGACAUAAAUAAAGACAUUUCCACCAUAAAUUUAUGCAGAAAAGGCACAAAUUCGUACAUUAAAAAUCACCAGAAUGCAAGAAAUGAAGUGUUUGACGCUCAAAAUUUCCUGGGGGAGGACCCCCACACCCCCGCUUAAUGUGUCCCCCCAAUGUUCAAACGAAACCUAGGUAGUUCAAGCCGUCAUACUGUACUAAUGAAUGUUGAUUUAUGUCGGUGCAUUUAACUGGAAUUGUUCCGGACCGUUGACCUUGUAUAAAAUUCAUAAGUGGACCUUUAAUAAAAAGGUUUGUGUACCCCUGUGCUGCAGGAUCCAGAUAAGAUUUAGAGAUCCACCCGGCACCAAAUUCUACAGGAGCCAGAACAGAUUUAGAGAUCCACCUGGAUCCAGAGUAGAUUUAGCGAUCCACCCACUACCACAUGCUAGAGGAGCCAGAAUAGAUCCCCCUCCUGCAGGAAGUGGACAGGGGUUAGAGAUCCACCCGGCACCACUUCCUGCAGGAGGCGGGAAAGGUUCAGCACCAUGAAUCUGAUGACCUGGGCAUUGUGGAGACAUGGUGGAUCUUGAGUAAGCUUGCAUUAUUAGCGUUGGCCGUACUGUAUUGUAGCUUGUUGUACUGCAUUUUCUUUCAGUCUUCUCGCUGUUGCUGUGGCACUUAGGAGCACUUGAGCUGGUUACUGCACAGGACCGCUUUUCUUUCUAACAUCCUGCUUACACAUCUUUAUUUAAAAUGAAUGCUUUGGGCGCCCGUGUGCAUCAUUAUAUGGAGCCCAGGGGCCUUGCGUCAGCGCUGAAUUCCCUGUCCUACUUCGCAAUAUCCGUGCCCCCUGACCCAUAGCCGCUCUCAUCUACGGUCAUGUGUCUCCACACUGGUUAAUACGACUCCUGCAGUUUGCCGACUCCUACUGCUGCGAGGCAAGAGAGGCCCUGGUUGGCUACGUACGUAGCUAGUGUGGCAGGCGAACCCCCCCCCAAAUUAACGAAGAGCAUUGCGUGUUGGAUUGAGGAUGUCCAAUUCAGUUUUUUUAAAAACAAAUCAACAAUCGCGUCGUCGUUAAUUCACCUCAUGUCAUGGUCAGUGAUAUCAUACUCUGAAGAAAUGAUUUUUCAUGUGCACGUCUGCUGCACUGUUGAUAGGUUUGGCAGUUUGGGGAGGGUUUCUGCGUGUGCAACAUAUUUGACCCUCUCAGAGGGAGUUAGAGCCAGUAGCAACAUUCACAAAGGCAGGUCAUCCACCAGAGAGUAUAAACGCACUGAUUUGUUCAAAAAAUAAAUUUUUGGAAGGUUGCCUUGGCAUUACUGUGUUCUAGAAUGUCACCUGAAGGUGGCAGCAGUGACCUCAGGCUGAAUGUGACUGUAAAUAUUUCUUUCCAGUAAUUUCAGUUUAAUUUAAACUUCCAGUCAGAAUCACUGUUUUUUUUUCAGCGGCAGAUAGAUUGAACAUAUAAUGUACAGUAGAUUUUUUUAUUGUAUUUUGCACUUUCUUUUUGUACAGAAGUUUGUUUUUUAAUAAACUAAAAAAUAUAUA